GUUAAGCGGGUUAAUAUUUUUAUAUCCUAGCCUGGCUUCGUCUAAAAAUCGUGCACGGCCCCCGCUCGUCUGGUGUGCCGGGUCCAAGGCCGAUCUGCUCCUGAGAAAUCGUCCCACCGUUAUGCAAGAUUCGACAUUUCAGUGAUUUUUUGCUCUAAACUCGAGUGCUAGUGAAGUCAACCAACGCCAGAGAGCAGCGAGAAUGUCGGAAGAAGAAAAUAAUUCAGCCGUAGCUGCCGACGAAGGCCAACCCCUGGUGGACGGCGGUUCAGCAGAUAAUGAAGAGGGCACCGUGCAGGCGGCAGGUGGUGCGGCGGCUCAACCGCAACAGCAACCAUCACGGACGGAAUCAUUUUUCGCCAUCACCAAGUCGCUAAUUAUUCGCGCCCUCAUCAUUUACUUCAUUUCAUCGUUCUUCCGUCGGCCAGCGCCAGAUGCCGGUGGGGCCAAUCAAGCAAGUGCCCCCGGCAAGUCGAAGAUAACGGCUUGGAACCUGUUCGAGAAUGGGACCGUCUUUGAUUUGCACGUGUACAUUUCGGAAGAUCUGUAUUACGUUGAUUUCAAUGACCCGAACAGUUUAAUCUGGUUGCAAGAAGGCCUAGUGUACGGUGAUUGGUACGGUGGCCGCGAUGGGGAUGGCAUUUUCACGAUACGCACUCACAUUAAGGCUUCGGAGCGACUGAUGAACAAUGGCUCCAUUUAUCUUCACACCUACGUCACGAAAGCGGGUCUCAGUCCGAACCCGGCGGCGGGCGCAGAAUUCGCGGGCAAAAACGUGGGUUACGCGAAGGGCAUGCUGAGCAAGUUCAAGCGGAUCAAGCGCACCAAAACGCACAACUUACUGGCGGGCGAAAAGGAAAAGUUUGAAAAAGAGCUUGAAGACGCCCUGGUCGAUGACAAAAUAAUGGCUCACUGGCACCCGAACUUGACUAUCAAUCUGGUGACGGACCAAACCAAUUGGGUGAAGGGAUCCGUUCCACCGCCGUUGGAUGAGUACGUUAAAUUCCUUCCCGGUAGUCAGACGUAUCUUCCGAUCGUCUUCUACAACGAUUACUGGAACAUGAUGCGGGACUAUCAGCCGAUCAACAGUACGACGCCACUGCUGGAGCUGAAUCUGUCCUACCAACCGCUUUCGCUGUUCAAAUGGCAACUGUAUGCGGCGCAAACGAUGCGCAACAAAUGGGCCAACAAUAUGUUCACGGAGGCCCUGUCUGGAGGCAGCGAAUCGGACGAGGAUCAGGACUCCCUAAAGGAAGCGCUGUUGGACACUAACCCGUACCUUCUGGGGGUCACAAUCGUCGUCACGAUCUUGCACAGCGUGUUUGAGCUGCUGGCGUUCAAGAAUGAUAUACAAUUCUGGAAUAACCGCAAAUCUCUGGAGGGCCUAUCGGUCCGGUCGGUGUUUUUCAGCGUGUUCCAGUCGAUCAUCGUGCUGCUGUACGUGCUGGACAAUGAAACCAACUUCAUGAUCAAGGUGAGCUGCUUCAUCGGGCUCGGGAUCGAGGUGUGGAAGAUCCAGAAAGUGGUCAAUAUCAACUUGAGCAAAGAGAAUCGGCUGUUUGGCUUCUUGCCGCGGAUCCAAUUUUCCGAUAAGGGCUCAUACGUAGAGUCGAGCACGAAGCAGUACGAUAAGCUGGCCUUCAAGUACCUGGGUUGGGUGUGCUUUCCGCUGCUCGUUGCGUACAGCGUGUACAGUGUGCUGUACCAAGAGCACAAAGGUUGGUACUCGUUCGUGCUGAAUAUGCUGUACGGCUACCUACUUACCUUCGGGUUCAUCAUGAUGACGCCGCAACUGUUCAUCAACUACAAGCUGAAGUCGGUCGCCCAUUUACCGUGGAGGAUGCUGACUUACAAAUUCCUAAACACCUUCAUCGACGACAUAUUUGCAUUCGUGAUCAAAAUGCCGAUGAUGUACCGCAUCGGGUGCUUCCGUGACGACAUUGUGUUCUUCAUUUUCCUCUACCAACGUUGGAUUUAUAAGGUCGAUUCGAAGCGUGUGAACGAGUUUGGCUUUUCGGCAGAAAUGUUACAGCCAAAGGAGGGCACCGAAGGCACGGCAGGGGCGAUAACUGCGCCCGAAGGAGAUGCGAUCGCUGGUGGUGACAAGCAUUCGAAAGAUUCGUCUAUGAACGGCUCGGCUCCUGCGUCGCCUAAUGCACACAAGAAGAACAAAAAAUCUUCUCCAAAACGUAAGGGCGCUAAUAAGUCGGCCGCCGAAAAGAAGGUAGACUAAAAGUAUUGACCCAUGCGUGCAUCCACUGAGAACUAGGACCUUACGAUUUGCUUCCAUCGCUUGGGGGCAUCCAAACAUAGUUAUUCAAAGAGAUACACCGAGGGCUGCGCGCUGUGCUCUUUAGGCCGCUGUGUACAUGUUGGUGGGUGGCGUGUCGCGUUGACUCCGGCACACUAUCGAAUUUUCGUUAACUAUGCUUUAAUUUAAUAUUGUUAUCAACAUUAUGCUAAAUGCUCAUACACCAGCCAUUAUUUAACGGCAUACAAAGAAAUAGAGAAACUUAUGUAGCAAUAUCGCCUAAUAAUCCCCCAGUCCAAAUAAAUGAAGGCAGCUUUACCUAGGUUCCACUUAUUGACAGAAAAUAACUCAUGGAAAAGAAGCUAGUUCCGGCAUGAAGCAUACAAGAAUUAUAGUAAGUUUUACAUUACGGAAGUACGUGUAA